GCAAGUUGAGUUGUGACAAGAUAUUCCGAAUACUACCUCUACCUCUCCACAAUUCACAGCCUAAGGUAGUCUCCUACAACAGGGACAACUCUUUGCUUUUUUUAUAUGUCAUUUAUCCUUCAUUCGCUCAAAUCUGUAUCUUUCUUCCGUAAGGUACCUACUCACUACCCAUUCUUACUCGCGUAGUCCGUAGGUGACGUACGGGGUCUUUUUGACAACUGCAACUUGAGAUACUACACCAUAAAACAACAGCACAAGACUUUCCCUUGAGACUCGGAAGGUGCACAAACGUGUUUCCGCAAGAAGAGCCCGGGCCAAGUUUAUUAUAAGAGCAAACAAACGCCAAAUAUCGAUUAUGGCGUCUGACUUACAACGCACGUUUCCCUCUGCUGAGGAGACGCUCAAGCACCCAGCCUACCCAGGCACACUCUGGACCCUAGAACCUCACUCUCACGGCAAGGUCUCUGUCGCUGAGGGUCGCGGUGGUCCAGUUGGCAUUGCAUGGGAGAUUCAUGGUCAAGGACCCGUCAAGCUUGUGCUCAUUAUGGGAUUGGCAGGGGUCAAAACAUCAUGGCAGCGUCAAACAAAGUACUUCGGUCAUGAUCGAGCCGACAAGUACUCGGUUCUCAUUAUCGAUAAUCGUGGUAUGGGCGGCAGCGACAAACCCGUGGGUGUCUAUUCUACCAGUGGCAUGGCACUCGAUGCCAUCGAGGUCAUCGACCAUGUUGGCUGGAAGGCUGAACGAGAUAUCAACCUCGUUGGUAUCUCCAUGGGUGGCAUGAUUGCACAAGAAGUUGCUAUUCGUAUUCCCAAGCGUCUGCAGUCGCUCUCCCUCAUCUGCACAUCAGGCAAAGUCCAAAACACGAAGGGACUGUGGGAAACUGUCUCAGACACCAUGGGUAUGAUCAUCCCCAAGUCCAUGGAGCGCAGUAUUGUCGACACCGCUCUCCGGCUCUUCACACCCGAGUGGCUCGUCGCACCAGAUGAUGAUAUACUACCCGAGCCAGGCGUCACCGCACGAUGCAGUCCACCACCGCCAGAGGGUGGUCCAACGUACCGCCUCUUCGAGACCAACUUUCAGCGCUUCCAGGCUCACGAGCUCACCAAGAAAACAAAUCCCGAGCUGUACACCACCAAAAUGCUCAUGUGUCAACUUGCGGCGGCAGCUUUGCACAACAAGACGGAUGACCAGCUACGGGAAAUAGCAGACGGUGUCGGCUCUGAGCGCAUCAUGAUUAUGCAUGGAAAGCGUGACAACAUGAUCAGCUUUCCAAAUGGCGAACGGCUCAUUAAAGUGUUGAAACCAGGCUCUGUACACAUUGUGGACGAUAUGGGACACGCACCCAUCAUAGAGAAGACACAAUGGUUCAACAGCGUCUUGGAGGAACAGCUGAGUAUGUGGACCAAGCCGAAGGAGGAAUAAGGGUGGUGAGUGGCAGUUGUUUUCGAGCAUAUGAGUAAGCGAUGAUACUGAAUAUUGCGAUAAGCGUGGAACGUUGUAAGAGAACAAGCAGGACAGGCAGUGGAAUAAUAAGCACUGAAAUUCUUGACUGUCAGUUACACGGAUGAAGCGUUCAAGGUGCAUGUCUCAGUCCAGGAAUCACAAAUCAUGGCACGGAUUCGCUUGUUGGAGGGUAGCAAUUAUUGAAAAGUCACCAAAUCCGACUCCAUUUCCAGUGUCUAUCAU